GAAGUCGCGCUCCCUCCAUUUUGUUGCCCGCUAUGGCGGCGGUGUCGAGGUUGGGGCCGGGAUGCGGCGCUUGUGACUGAGGGCGUAGGCCAGGCGGAAGCUUCGGGGACAUCGGCGCGGCGCACGACAGGGCCAGCCUGGACGCCGGGGACGCUGUCAUGUACGGCGCGAGCGGAGGCCGCGCCAAAGCCGAGAGGAAAAGUGGCGCGAAGGAGGAGGCCGGGCCGGGCGCCGCCGGCGGCGGGGGGACGCGAGUGGAGCUGCUGGUCUUCGGCUAUGCCUGCAAGCUGUUCCGGGACGACGAGCGGGCCCUGGCGCAGGAGCAGGGACAGCACCUCAUCCCCUGGAUGGGGGACCACAAGAUCCUCAUCGACAGAUACGAUGGGCGCGGUCACCUGCAUGACCUUUCUGAGUACGACGCCGAGCACUCCACGUGGAACAGAGACUACCAGCUCUCUGAGGAGGAGGCGCGAGUAGAGGCCCUGUGUGAUGAAGAGAGGUAUUUAGCCUUGCAUACGGACUUGCUUGAGGAGGAGGCGAGGCAAGAGGAAGAAUACAAGCGGCUGAGCGAAGCGCUGGCGGAGGAUGGAAACUACAGCGCGGUGGGCUUCACGUACGGCAGUGACUAUUACGACCCGUCCGAGCCGACGGAGGAGGAGGAGCCUUCGAGACAGAGAGAAAAACAUGAAGCUGAGAACGCGGAGGAGAAUGAGGAGCCUUUCGUUGCCCCUUUGGGGUUGAGCGUGCCGCCCGAUGUGGAGCUGCCACCGACAGCCAAAAUGCACGCUAUCAUUGAGCGCACAGCCAACUUCGUGUGCAAGCAGGGCGCGCAGUUCGAGAUAAUGCUGAAAGCCAAGCAGGCCCGGAACUCCCAGUUCGACUUCCUGCGCUUCGACCACUACCUCAACCCCUACUACAAGUUCAUCCAGAAAGCCAUGAAGGAGGGCCGCUACCCGGUGCUGGCAGGGGACCAGCGCACCGAGAAGCAGAAGUCGGGAGUCAGCUCUGACAACGAGGACGACGAUGACGAGGGCGAUGGGAGUUACCUGCACCCGUCCCUCUUCGCCUCCAAGAAGUGCAGCCGCCUGGAGGAGCUGAUGAAGCCUCUGAAGGUGGUGGACCCGGAUCACCCCCUCGCCAUGCUGGUCCGGAAGGCCCAGGCCGACAGCCCCGCCCCCACCCCACCUGUGGCCGAUGGCGCUGCUGGGCAGCCCUCCCAGGUGGAGUACGCCGCUGACUCGACGGUGGCGGCCAUGUACUACAGCUACUACAUGCUGCCGGACGGCACCUACUGCCUGGCACCGCCCCCGCCGGGCGUCGACGUAGCCACCUACUACAGCACCCUGCCGGCCGGGGUGGCCGUGUCCAGCACCAGUGGAGUGGCGGCCACCGCCCCGCCGCCCCCCGGGACCACGCCGCCACCACCCCCAACCACGGCGGAGACGAGUAGUGGGGUGACCGCCACCACCACCAUCACCACAAGUGCACUUGCUCCCGUGGCCGCCAUCAUCCCUCCGCCCCCUGACAUCCAGCCCGUCAUCGACAAGCUGGCCGAGUACGUGGCUAGGAACGGCCUCAAGUUUGAGACCAGCGUUCGUGCCAAGAAUGAUCAAAGGUUCGAGUUCCUGCAGCCGUGGCACCAGUACAACGCCUACUACGAGUUCAAGAAGCAGUUCUUCGUGCAGAAGGAGGGAGGCGACAGCGCGCAGGCUGUGUCCACACCAGAAGACGCUCCUGCAGAGUCUGCUCCUGAAAAGCCGAGUGACGCUGGGGAGGACGGUGGGGCGGAGGACGCGGCCGACGCGGGAGGAAGAGGCGGCUCAGGGGCGAAGAAGGAGGCGCCGUCCAGCAAAGCCGUCCUGGACGGGAAGCUGGUAAAAGCGUCGUUUGCUCCCAUAAGCUUUGCCAUCAAGGCCAAAGAAAACGACCUGCUUCCCCUGGAGAAAAACCGAGUCAAGCUGGACGACGACAGCGAUGACGACGAGGAGGGCCGGGAGGGCCGGGAGGGCCCCAGUGGGACGCCCAGCACCGCCCCAGCCGAGGCCCCGCCCUGCGUGGUGGUGGAGGAGAAGCGGCCGCAGCUGACCCCGGAGGAGCUGGAGGCGAAGCAAGCAAAGCAAAAGCUGGAGGACCGACUGGCAGCUGCCGCCAGGGAAAAGCUGGCCCAGGCGUCGAAGGAGUCCAAGGAGAAGCAGCUUCAAGCAGAGCGUAAAAGGAAAGCGGCUUUAUUCUUACAGACCUUAAAAAACCCUCUGCCCGAGGCAGACGCCGGGAAAGUCGAGGAGGCACCUUUCAGCGCAGAGGAAGCCAGCGCCGUGGCCUGUCCUGUGCCGGGUGGAGGCCGGCCUCUGCCGACCUCAGAGCUCAAGCCCCUGGAAGGGCCCUCGGGCCAAAGCAGGGACCCACCCAGGGAGCAGGAGAAGGAGAAGAAGAAGAAGAAGCACAGAAAGCGGUCUCGGACCAGGUCGCGGUCCCCCAAGUGCCACUCGUCGUCCAAGUCCCGGUCGAGGUCCCACCCGAAGGCGAAGCACUGCCUCCCCAGCGCCUACCGGACGGCACGGCGCUCCAGGUCGCGAUCACGGUCCCCUCGCAGAAGAGCUCACUCUCCCGAGAGACGGAGGGAAGAAAGAAGUGUCCCCACCGCCUACCGGAUGAGCAACAGCCCUGGGGUUAGCAGGACUUGGCCACAGGUUCUGGACGAGAAAGACUCUGGUCCCUGCCACCUAGCUGCCACAGCCCUCAAAGCCAUCAGGGAGGGCGCAGCCAGGUCCCUACAUUCAGACGUUUGCGGGACCCCACCGCCAGCUUCCUCCCAGCGAAAUCACUUCUGA